CCCAUUCCCUUUCUCCCUCAUACAUUUCCUGCCUCCCCAAACUCUUUCUCUCUCGUAAUUUCCAGAUCUCCAUUGUUGAAAUUCCAAAGCUUCUCUGUCUCUCCUUCAGAAUCAGUAUCGAGCUUUCCCUUCAAAGUCUCCUCUCACCAAAUCAUCCCAAUAUCUCAAAUUUGUUUUAAAAUUCAAGCUUAGCGAAUACGAAGGAGGCAAACCCAGAUCUGAAAGCGAUGACGUCUUCAGCCGGAUUUCAAGCUGCAUUCUCUGCAAACUCCAGCUCUGAGGUGGAUGACUCGGCGGCGACUCAUCUGGGUGCGGUGGAAGUGGGGCUGAGUUUUUGGGGAAUCUGUUGAGUCGACUCAGACCGAGUUGGUCCCGAGUUACACCGCCAUAACAACGCCGAAGUGUUGGUGCUGGAGUUUCGGUUUUUAUCGCCACCGACCUUGAAUACCUUGUUUCGAUCUAAAGCCCAUAGAACAGUAGAGGAUGUAGAACUUGGACCAGACUGGGACCAGAAAGCCAACAGCCUGCUGCGUAAACAUUUUGGGUACUCCGGGUUGAAAAGUUUUCAAAUGGAAGCUCUUGGUGCUUGGUUUUCUCAGCAAGACUGUCUUGUUCUUGCAGCAACAGGGUCUGGGAAAUCUCUGUGCUUUCAGCUACCUGCGCUUUUGACAGGGAAGGUCGUGGUCGUGAUUUCUCCAUUGAUAAGCUUGAUGCAUGACCAGUGCUUAAAGCUAUCAAAACAUGGCAUCUCUGCAUGUUUCCUUGGAUCAGGACAACCAGAUAACACCGUUGAGAAGAAAGCAAUGAACGGCAUGUAUUCCGUUGUAUACGUUUGCCUCGAAACACUGCUUAGCUUUCACUGUCUGAUGAGGUGUAUAAUGCAUACUAAUAAGUCCACUUCAGAGGCUUGCGGAGAACCGUGGAAUAGCUUUAUUUGCCAUCGAUGAAGUACAUUGUGUUUCAAAAUGGGGACAUGACUUUAGACCUGAUUACAGGUUUCACCCUUGCU